AUGCGUCUCCUUCCCCACAGUGUCGUUGUCUGUACAUCAAACCAACCCGGCGAUGGCCCUCGCGCCAUGACGAUGUCGUCUUUUACAUCAUUAACACUCACACCCACACCUCUCGUCACAUUCAACAUCGCCACGCCGAGCAGAACACUGGACGCUAUAAGAGCAAGUGGUGGUUUCAACGUACACGUCCUAUCAGGGGAUGAGCGGGGCGCAAAUGUUGCGAGUCACUUUACAAAAGGCAAUUUUGGAGGGAAUGCAUUCAAGGGGCUGGAUUACACCCAAGAAGAUGACGAGGCGCCUGUACUAAGAGAGGACGGCGUCAUGUUUGCACUUCGGUGUAGGGUACUCCAAGAUGCGCCAGAGGGAGGGCUCUUGAGAGUAAGAGAUCAUGUUAUUGUUGUGGGAGAGGUUGUAGAGAUGGUGAGGGUUGGAGAAGAGGAGGAUGAAGGCUUUGGACUCGUCUAUGCGGACAGAAAGUAUAGAGAGGUUGGAGUGGUGUUGGAGAUGCCUGGUGAAGAACAUGGGGUUACCGUGGUUCUCGAAGAUUCAUGA